AUGAAGAUUUCCGCUCUCCUCGCUUGCGCCGCGCUUUCGUUGGCGCCGACCGCGUACGCUGCGUGCUGCGCGGUGUGCACAAGCCAAGUGGCCGCCAGCAUUUGCUCCAACAGCGACAAGACCAACCGCGUCGCUCGGUUCCCAACCAACUGGACGGUCCCCUACCCGUUCCAGCUCGUGUCGCGUACGUUAUCGCACGUGGCCAACUUUUCGACGACCGGUGACUUCCGCGUCAUCAACAGGGCAACGAACAAGGUGACGUGGUCGGCCAACUCGGGCUACAGCGAUGUGGCCGACGCUGAGUAUGCUGGCCAAGUGCUGCAGAUCCUCAACACGGGUCAAGUCGUCGUGUACGACGUCAACGAAGACAUUGCUUCGUGGAUCCCUGACAUGUUUCCCGUCGACCAAAAGGACUUUUGCGCCAUCAUGCAGGACGACGGCAACUUUGUCAUCUACGACCCGGGCUGCCGUCCGGUCUGGGCCUCCAACACGUAUGGCAAGUAGGCAUUCCAACAUAAUCUUAACGC